AUGGGAAGAACGAAGGCAACCGCAAUGAUCGUCAAUUUCGUAGGGGAGGGUCAGCACGAGGAAAUUAGUACAAUUAUGCGAGAAACACCAUUCAACUUGAUCGCAGAUGAAUCUACAGAUAUAUCUAGUAAAAAGUCAUUAGCACACAUUAGCACACAAUGGCAAGAAGAUCGUCUGAAAAUAAUGGAUAUUUUCUACGAUUUAGUUGAAGUGGUUGAAACUGAUUCCCGAACUCUGUACAACCAUGUUACAGGAUGUUUUGAACGAGACAAAAUUCCAUAUAAAAAUCAGUUGAUCGGAUAUGCUGCUGACGGUGCCAACAAUAUGACUGGACAUGACAAAUCUUUGAGCGCGCUGCUUAAAAGGGAUGUUCCGUCGCUGUUAAUUUUAAAAUGUACAUGCCACAGCAUAGCUCUCUGCUCAUCUUAUGCUUGCAAACAUGUGCCGGAUAACAUCGAGCAACUUUGUCGAGAAAUUUAUAAUUACCUGAGCAACAGCCCCAUGCGAACAAGCAGGUUUGAGGAAAUUCAAGUUUUGCUUGAAUAUAAACCCGUGAAAAUGCUACACCCAAGCGCCACACGGUGGUUGUCUCUGGAAGCCGUGGUUCGGCGUUUGUUAGAUCGCUACGAAGCAUUGCAAAUAUAUUUUGGACUACUAGUUAACGCCGAGAGAAACGAGACGGUGAAAGUGCGUUUCAUUUUUGACAUGCUGAAUGACCCUACAACCAAACUAUAUCUAACAUUUUUGUCCUAUGUUUUAGGCCUUGUAACAAGCUUAACAAGCUUUUUCAAAGCGAAACCCCCGAGCUUUAUAAGCUACAUUCGAGUGUGUCAAGGUUGUUCAAAACAAUACUCGACAACUUCAUGAAAAAUAAUUAUUUACAAACUUUGACGAAUCUAAACGCAGUGAAUUUCGUCGAUGAAAACUACGUAGUUUUAAAAGAUGUGUAUGUAGGCACAGAAAGUGCUAAACUAUUGGGAGAGCUCCAUUUAGGAUUAGAUGAAGUGAAUAGGUUUAAGACCAACGCUAUGCGUUUCUAUAUAACGUUAUGCAAACAAAUUUUAAAACGAUUAAAUUUUACCGAUAAUAUUGCUAUGAAUUUAACAAUUAUUGAUCCGUUAAACGUAAGAGAAAAAAAACAUGUCAAUCCUCCCAUUGAUGGAGUUGUUUCCUAACCUGGUAGAUCCAGUCGACUACCAAGAGGUAGAUAACGAGUUCAGAGAAAUCAGAAACAUAGAUUUUAAUGAAUUAGAUUUAGAUGUAACAAAUGCGGAGUCUUUUUGGGGCAAAAUAUUGUCCACCAAAAGAGAAUCGUCUUCAUACGCGUUCCCUUAUUUAAGAAAGUUUAUUCCCGACAUGUUGAGUUUGCCACACUCCUCCGCAACUGUCGAGAGACAAUUUUCGGAUUAUAAUUUAAACAACACCAAACACCGAAAUCGGUUACAUACAACUACAAUGAAGGGAAUAUUAGCAACGAAAAGUUUUGUUAAAAGAAACAAAGAAAAGGACGGAACGAUAACAUUUAAUAACAAAAUUAGGGAAAAAUACAACAAUACGAUGUAUGACAGGACGAAUGAAUAACUAUGAACAACAUGUCGAAGUGUUAUUAUC